AUGAGAAUAAAAGAGCUUGAGGCCCAAGUGGAAGAUUUGACUCGAAAAUUUAAGGAUUUGCAAGAAAGUGUUAUCAUUCCGGCAACAAACGCCAGCAUACAUGCUGUAAAAUUUGCUAGAAUGAUUGUAAAUACGCGUCAAAGCUAUAGCGAAGACGAAAAAAUUUUGGCACAGAACAUAAAUUAUAUGUCGACGAAGUCAUAUAACUUCAUGCGCGACGACUUAUUGUUUGCCUUGCCCCACAAAAAAACCCUUUUGCGUUGGCGUCCCAUACGUUCUGUAGCCCCAGGCUUCGAAAAGAAAGUCCUUAAUAACUUGGAGCAAAUAGUGAAAGACAUGUCUCCAAAUGAACGUAUUUGUGAAAUUCUUUUUGAUGAAAUAGGCAUCAAAAACGACUUGACGUACAACGCAAAAAGGGACAUAAUAGAUGGCUUCGUCGACUAUGGUGGUGAUAAUAACCGUGAGCCCAUAAUUGGCAACAAAUGCCUAUUUUUUAUGAUUAAAGGCAUCAUAUCGAAAUGGAAAUACGUACUAUCGUAUGUGGUUGGUAAAGACGCGGUUAAAGGUCCCACCUUCGUUAAAUUGUUCCAUGAAAAUAUAGAUGUUGCCCAAAAAUUAGGCCUUGAUGUCAAGGCGGUGGUCUGCGAUCAGGGCCCUUCAAAUGUCCGGCUUGCUUCUUCUCUGAAUAUUUCCCAAGAAACCCCAUACUUCAUUGAAAAUGUCCAUCCGCAAUAA